AUGGAUGUUUUUUUAAAGGAGAUCCUGGAGCCUUCAGAGCAAGACACAUUUGACCACUUGACACGGAUGGAAACACCUUCUAUCAACACCUUCAGGAGCCCGUGCACAGAGUAUGCCCUGCCUUCGGUCAACAUGGGUCUGCCUGGCCACCUCAUCCAGUGCCACCGCCCACAGCCUGCCUACACCACUCACACAGCCCCUGUGGUCAAGAUGCUCGUUGAGCAGGAUGAGCGCAGAAAGGCUGCAUCCAACCACCCAGCAGAGACAGAGCCAAACAGACGGCCUCAAGAAGCUGAAGCUGGUUUUGAGGAGGAAACCCAAGUGCUGUCAAAGCUGAAUGGAGGUAUCACGACCCCCGGGACUGGGAAGGACUCUGUAGGAAUGUCCACGCCUGAGAGCAGUUUGCCAUCACCAAGUGUUUGCAAUAGGGUUAUUUUUGCAAGAAAACCUCCCUUGCGUGUGCUACGGUGUAGUUCCCUGGCACAUUCCAGCAAGAAAUGA